AUGAGUGAUAAUAUAUUAGUAUAUUUGAAAGUCAAACCAGACUAGGAAGAGGAAGGAGGACUCACCAUUCAAGAUAAUACGGUCAAAGUAAUCUCGCAAUCCUCCUUUGAAGAGAAGACUUAUCAAUUCAAUGCCAUCUUUCAAGAGAACCACGAAUUGCAGCAACAUUGCAUUCCGAUCAUCGACUAAGCGAUUAGAAAUCAAUAGAAUGCUUGCAUCAUCACUUAUGGAUAGACGCAGAGUGGGAAGUCUCAUGCCUUAGGGUUCUCACUCUACAACGAAGGAUUACUACAUUCCUUCCUCCAAUAUCUGUUUGAACAAAUGCAAAUACAAUAAGUGUCCAUCUCAAUGCUCUAAUUAUACAUGCAAUCGGCUAUUGAUUUAUUGACUCAAGACAAAUCUCUCAAAGAGUUGAGAAUAAGAAAUAAGCAGAAUGAAACUUAUGUUGAAAAUCUGACUGAGGUACUUGCUCAAAAUUAUCAAGAAUCCUUACUUAUCUGCUAAGAAGGAAUCUAAAAAACUCAAUUCUCUAAAUUACAUACCAUCCUAACACUCAAAGUCAUGAAAUCUAAAAUUCAAUUCGUUGAGAUUUUGGGCAACAACUCCAUCAACGCUAAAUCUCCCCAAUCUAGCAACUGCAUCACUGCUCUGCUCAAAGUUUUCAGUGCCCUUCUCAAACAACAAGGAACUUAAUCAUAAGUAUUUAUUCCUUUUCGAGAUUCUAGUUUGACUAUGCUUCUCAAAAAUUCAUUAACACCCCCCUCUAAAAUAAUUGUCAUCGGCACUAUCCUCCCUAAAAACUCUAUUGAAACUAGUUAAACUAUCAAAGCACUUUCCUCAUGCAUCAAAGUAUUCCCACCCCAAGACAAUCCUAAUAACACCACCUAUCAUUACAAUGCCACCAAGGCCAGAAGUGUAACACCAACAAUCACUAAACAAAAACCCUAAGACAUCGUUGUUAAUAACGGGUAAUAACAAUAACAGCACAACUCAACAAAUUAAUUAUAAUACAAAGAGUUAAGUGAAUAUUUAUUAAAACUAUUGACUAAGAUUAAUUCCCAUGCUUGCAAACUUAUCAACUAGGAAUGUUUACAACAUAUCGAUAUCAAUUAGAAUCUGGAUAAGAUCAUCUCCUAAGUGUAGUAAGUCUCCCAUUAGUUGUUGUAAGUUAUCAAUGGUAAAAUUACCUCUUAAGUCAAUCAGACCAAAACUGAUGGCUGGCAAAAGGCCCUCAAGUUUUUGUACCAUACAUAUGAGGAAGAAAUCUAACGCGAAGAUAAAUUACUUAAGGAAAAACUCCUAUAUAUCAUCAACGAAGAAGAACAGUAUGAUCUGGACAGUCUCAGAAAGAUCUUAUUUCCUCCGAAGUAGGAGUAUACUAAUUCUUUAUUUAAAACACUUACGACUUUGAGAAAAUACACAAACACCAUUCAAAUCCCGCUUAGUCGAGAAAAUUACAGGAAUCAGUUGACCAACGACAUCAUGCAGAAGGAGUUGGGAGUAAUGAGCAAUCAGAAUUACGAGUCAAGUGGCAAACAAGAAUUGACUAGUUUCCAAAGUUACACGGAGAAUUUGAUGAGCAAAUUUAAAUGGCAAAGUGCCUAGAAGCAAGACUAUUACGGAUAUCAACCCUGA